AUGUUGAUACUGGCGGGGGGGGUGUUGCUGCUACAAUUGCUUCCCCUCGUGUCAGCAGCCGCCAGACCGACGCAUAUGGGCGGGGGCCUGCAAGGCUCACAGUGGGACUUGCACGACGGCAAUGCAGUCGCGAGCUUCGCGCACCAUUUCCUCUCCAUUAGCAAUCUCCACCAACUCGGCGCCUUGUCAAGCAACCUGAAGCAACACCGAAAGUUGAUGGGCGACUUGGAGGAGACCUGGGACUUCAAGGACACUCACUUCGACGGCCAGAGGGACGGCCAGUGGGACGGCAAGUGGGACGACAAGUGGGACGACAAGUGGGACGACAAGGACAAGCACGAUGGCAAGUGGGACGGCAAGUGGGACGGCAAGUGGGACGGCAAGUGGGACGACAAGUGGGACGACAAGUGGGACGACAAGGACAACCACGACGGCAAGUGGGACGGCAAGUGGGACGGCAAGUGGGACGGCAAGUGGGACGACAAGUGGGACGACAAGUGGGACGACAAGGACAACCACGACGGCAAGUGGGACGGCAAGUGGGACGGCAAGUGGGACGGCAAGUGGGACCAAGUGGACGGCAAGUGGGACGACAAGUGGGACGACAAGGACAACCACGACGGCAAGUGGGACGGCAAGUGGGACGACAACGACAAGCACGACUGCAAGUGGGACGGCAAAUGGGACGGCAAGUGGGACGACAAGUGGGACGACAAGGACAAGCACGAUGGCAAGUGGGACGACAAGGACAAGCACGACGGCAAGUGGGACGACAAGUGGGACGACAAGGACAAGCACGACGGCAAGUGGGACGACAAAUGGGACGACAAGGACAAGCACGACGGCAAGUGGGACGACAAAUGGGACGACAAGGACAAGCACGACGGCAAGUGGGACGACAAGGACAAGCACGACGGCAAGUGGGACGACAAGGACAAGCACGACGGCAAGUGGGACGACAAAUGGGACGACAAAUGGGACGACAAGGACAAGCACGACGGCAAGUGGGACGACAAGUGGGACGACAAGUGGGACGACAAGGACAAGCACGACGGCAAGUGGGACGGCAAGUGGGACGGCGAGUGGGACGGCAAGUGGGACGGCAAGUGGGACGACAAGUGGGACGACAAAGAGAAGCACGACGGCAAGUGGGACGGCAAGUGGGACGGCAAGUGGGACGACAAGGACAAGCACGAUGGCCAGUUUGUCUGCAAGUGGGACGACAAGUGGGUCGACAAGUGGGACAACAAGGACAAACACGAUGGCAAGUGGGACGGCAAGUGGGACGGCAAGUGGGACGACAAGGACAAGCACGAUGGCAAGAAGAAGGACGGGAAGAAAAAGGACGGCAAGAAGGAUGGCAAGAAGAAGGACGGCCGCAAGGAGGUCGGAAGGCGCUAG